CCAAUACGCAUGCAUGACGCUGGUCUCCAAGACUACAUCAUGGUAUAAAUGGACAAAGGCGCAGUAGACAUUACAGAGCGGUCAGAGAAGGGAAACAACAUGCAGCUGUUCAGAGUUCCACCCUAUUUACCUUUACUGGUUUUAACAUGCUGGGCAGUUCUCCAAGGCGUCUCUGGGUCGUGCUCGGCUGACAGUGAUUGCCAUCCAGGCACAUGCGACACAGGCACCAGCACCAGCACAUGUGACUGUACCGGUACUGGGUUUGAUGGUGACAACUGUGAAACUGAUAUCGAUGAAUGCACUGAUGGUACAGAUAACUGCCAUGAAAACGCUGACUGCACAGACACGGAAGGCUCCUUCACCUGUACAUGCAAGGCUGACCAUGUUGGGGACGGAGUGGAAUGCGAACGUACUGUUUGUACAGCGGAUGGCAACGAGUGCUUAAAUGGCGGUACUUGUAAUAUCCCUUCGGGUGGUACAGCUGGUACAUGUUCAUGUGAAAGUGGAUACAGUGGUCCUCUUUGUGCAGAUGCCUCUGGUGCUGCUACGGUAUCGGUGCACUUCCUUCUGCUCAUAGUUGUUGCUGUCCUCGCAACGCUGUGCCUCAACUGAAUACAAACAGGACCAGAAUACGACUAAUAGAGUGUAGUAGAUGUGUUUAAUUUUCCAACAAAACUUCAUAGACGUGGAUACUUCAUUUCGUUUAAUGUUGUGAUUGAUUAAUUGUGCUUACGAGACUCGCACUAAAUCUGGUUAUAGUAACAUCAUUCAAUAUUUUCAACAAUAGAUUGUCGUUUUAUUGGUGACAUGUGUGAAAUGUUACAUCCUGAUUAGAAAUUUAACAGUGUGAAUAAUCGAACAAAUACUCCAAAAUUUGAAAAAAAUUAAACCCCAGCAUAAUUCCUAGAAAGGAACAUGUCCACGUGUGUUAUUCGGACUUGCAUUUCAGUGAUUUUGAUUUCGUCUGUUUCACGCCAAUGUAAUUCCCUCAUUGUUGAUAAGAAGACAAAAUUCGUCCCUGGUUACUUUUAGGCCAUUGAUGACAUGUUACUGAUGACGUGGAACUCUCCCCCAGUGACCACCGACACAGAGUAAAUGUUAUCUACUUCUUAUCUACAGUGACAGUGACCGAUUGUUACCUACCCACCCAAAGGACCUUUUAUGAUGUAUAAUCUGAUUAAUAGUUUAUAAUAAAAUAAAAUACAUGCAUU